AUGGAAGAAGCCAAUGUGAUAAUACAAAAAGAGUUGAUCAUUAGCACAGACGAGGAGCUUAAGCAGAAGUUUAACCAAGGCUAUCAGAAGUUCUGGUUGCAGCGCAACAUUGAAACACCAUAUGUUGUAUUGUGGAACAUUGCUGAAACAUAUCUUAUCGCUUUUCCAUUAUUAUACCUAGUCGAAAAAGGCUACAGUGUGGUUACAAACAUUUUGACAAAACGAAGAAACUGGUUGGAAAUCAACGAACGCGGAUAUUUAAGGCUGCAACUCACCAAUAUUGAACCAGAUUUAGCUAGAUUGGUAGAAAGUCACCAGGUUCAUGAAUUUUUUAGUUUUUGA